AUGUCGCACGGCAAAGUUGUCACCCUGUCCACCGGCCAGAAGCUUCCUCAAAUCGGGCUGGGCACUUGGCUGUCGAAGCCAAACGAGGUCCAGAAUGCUGUCGAGAUCGCGGUGCGCGCGGGAUACCGCCACCUCGACCUCGCCAUGAUCUACAAGAACCAGGACGAGGUCGGGCGCGCGCUCAAGAACGUAGUUCCGGAGGUGUGCCGGCGUGAGGACCUUUUCAUCACGUCCAAGCUCUGGAACACCUCGCACAAGAAAGAGCUAGUCGAGAGGGAGCUCGAUGAGACGCUUAGCCAGCUUGGCACCGACUACCUGGAUCUGUACUUGAUCCACUGGCCCGUGGCAUUCAGGCCAGGCCAGGAGCUCAUCCCCACUGGCGAGGAUGGCUGGGCCCUCCUGGACACCGAGACGCCGCUCGUCGAGACAUGGAGGGCGAUGAUCGAACUACUCAAAACCGGAAAGGUCAAGGCGAUCGGCGUGUCCAAUUGCACCGUCGAGCACAUCCAAGCCCUCGUCGAUGCCACUGGGACCGUAAAUCAGGUCGAGGCGCACCCCCUCCUCCAGCAGGACAACCUCGUGGCGUUCUGCAAGGAGCACAACAUCCACAUCACCGCAUACAGUCCCCUGGGAAAUAACAUGUUCGGAAAGGACAGGCUCACCGAGUUCCCCGAGGUCCUGGAAGUCGCGAAGAAGCUCAGCGCGACUCCUGCCCAGGUACUCGUCGCCUGGGGUGUCUAUCGCGGGUACUCCGUCAUUCCCAAGUCUGUUCAUAAAGAGCGCCUCAUCUCAAACUUCCAGCAAGUCACGCUCUCGCAGGAGGACUACGAAAAGAUCACAGAGAUCGGCAAGCGCGCGCCCACGCGGUACAACAUGCCAUUCUGCUACGCCCCCCACUGGAACAUCAACAUCUUCAACGACCCCGCGGAGCAGGCUGCAGUGCACACGCCCAAGAUCAACUAA